CCUUGCUAGAAUCAGUCACCAAAACACCCCUGCGAUAUUGAUUUACACGAAUCCCAAGGAAGUUAUCAGUACCUCUGUGUACAGUUUCCUAAUCCCUUCCCAGAAUACUUGUUUCUUCCACCCAUUGCAACAAGUUUUGCUAGUGACAUCUAGAACGAUCAUUGUCUCGGCUUCAUGGUUUUUGAAUAAGACAAAUACUCGUCUUAUUACACAGUAUGCAACUUGGUUUUAAGUUAUGAGGCUAGUAUCUGGCUCCCUGCUUUGUUAUAUUUCCUUCAAAUAUCUUCAGGUUCAAACUCAGCCCACUUUUCGAGCUUGCCACGAUAAAAAUGGUGCAGGUACUCGAGCACUUACACUCUUGCCCACGGAGCAACUUGAUCAUGGUAUCAUUCUGUCAGUAGAGGGCCAGUUACGGCAGUGCCUAUUAGGCUUGGCAGAUCCGCACGACCCUAGCGAAGUCGUUUGUGCCUUCGAACCAGCCCCCGAUUCAAUUAGCAUCCUCGUUAUAGGCAUGCAAAUAAGGCUUGCUGUUGCAGGGUUGGAAACAAUGAUAGUGCUUGAAACGGCCUUGACUUGAGAGAUUGAGAGUUAACUGAGUUCUAUAUCAAGCACGUACGGAUUAGUUUGGUGCACUUGAACAAGGAGAACGAGGUCAACAUCUAUAGGCGUGACUGAAACUCCCGGCCUCGAACAACAAAAGGGGAUUGUGAACAAUGUGUCAGUGUUGAAGCAUAGCGAAUAAUUUCAAACCUAAGUCGAUGGUGAUUUCCGGGUUGAGAU